UCUUGCACAAAAGACGCGGAAUCGUGACCGUGGAUUACAGAAGCCAGGCAAUGUCUGAGGAAUUCUCCACAACCUGACAAACGCUCCAUACCUUGCCGUAAUCUGAAACAAAGAUUGCUAUAAAUGCAUACGAUAUGACUGCUUGAGUCCAAUUGAUUUAAACAUAUAGAAACUUAAAAGAACCUGGGGGAAUAAGCCGAGGCAUAUGCCCACGCGUAGCCACAACUCUAUCACUAAGAUAACUUACCAAGUGACAAAAAGAAUAUUUCCCUCUUGGUGCUUGGAUCUUCAAAAUCUUCUAUUCAGCUCCAGAGUAGAAAUGGAACUUUUGGAAGAUAAAUCAGACGAUUUUGGUCAAAGAAAAUCUUCCGGAACCCACCAUUCCAAGUCGCAAUCUCAGAUGCCAUAUAAUCUUCGAAAGAGGACACGGAAUAAAGACUGGGAUUGCAGUGCAACAAAUAAAAAAGCAAAGCAGAAACGAACAACUCGGGUACAUAUUGAUCAGCAAAAAACUUCUACAAAAUCAAGAACACCAAUCACAGACACAUUCAUUGGGAAACCAAAAAGGAGCCUGCCAAAAAUGAUUCAACCAAAAGCACUAGAGAAAAACAAACAUUCUAAAUUGAAACUUGUCAGCAGCGACCAACAGGGAAAUGCAGUCAUUGAAAAGAAACAAAAGCUAAAGAAAUCAAAACUUAUAGCCCAGAGUGAUAACAGCCAGAAAAAGAAAACUCAUUCAACUCGAAAUGAAACAAAACUUUCACCACAGCGGAGAACUGUGGGAAAAAACAAAAAGAACACAGCCUUAAAAGGAAAGCAAGAGAGUCUAAAGAACACAAGACAAUCUGAUCAGAAAAAACAUAUUCGAUCGGGACAGGAUCAGGGAUCGAUUGAGAAGAAAAAAGAAGCGCACCCCAGAACUUCACAAAAACGUAAGAGUGUAGGUUGUAAGUCCCCAAAAGACAAAAGUAAUACUACAUUGCAGAAAGAUCGUAAUAGGGUGACAGUGGAGGAAGGAUCAACCAAUAAGAAAACUCGAAGAAAUCUGCAUGACGAUUUUACAAACAUGUUUUUAAAGAAAGUGGAGGUAAAAAGCCAUAUUCUCCUUGGGGUGGAUAAACGCAUAAGUGGAAUAAGUGUCACACAUGACAACCAGGUGUGGGUAACUUCUCAGCAUAAACACGUAAAAUUGUUUAGUGCAUCCGGAGACGAAAUUAGAUCUUUCAAUUUGGAUUAUCCCGUUUUCACCUGUUGUACACCUAAUGGCGACCUUCUUCUGACACGAGGUUACGGUGAACAUUCUAGAGCUGAAAUCCAAUUGAUUCCUCGAGAAGUAACAGGGAGGGUGUUUGCAGAUCUUUCUUCGUACACUGAUACUCUUUGUGGAGUUUGUUAUCAAGAUGGAAAAAUAUACGUGAUAGGAAAUAUGCGUAAAUCGUCGAAGCAUUUCAUACUUAAAUUGGACAUGAAUGGUGAAGUUGAGGAAGUCAUUAAAACAACAGAUUCUAGACACAUGAAUCAUAUCAUUUCUCAUCAUGGACAAAUCAUUGUCAUGUGUACUUUCAAAUUUGCUAUGCUUCCUAUAGUCAGCGGUAAAAUUUCAUCCAAAGCUAUCAGUAGAGUGCAUUUCAAGAACUAUUUUUCAGCUAGUGCAUCUGUUGACAACCUUGGAAAUGUCAUUGUGGCCUCGGGCGCAAAAAUCAUUGUCAUCGACGCAAGUCUUGAGCGUAUGUUCAAAAUAUAUACUGAUAUGCAAGAGUCUAUUACUGCCACAGCUGUUGAUCAACUUAACCAGCUCUGGAUCGGAACGGAAAAAGGAAAUCUAUAUAUCGUUAAAUAUCUUCAAUGAUAAACUGGUUUAAAAUAAAAAAAAAAAAGCUUGAUUAAUAAUAAUAGACAUGUUAUUGCAUUAAAUGUAUCCAUUAGGUAUUCAGUUAUAUCAUUAUAGUCUUCAGCAUCAAGUUAGUGUGAACCUGUUCGUUUAAGGCAAAAAAAAAUUUGUGUGUUUAGGGUAACCCGACCUGUUCUACAAAAUUGCCCCGAUGCUACCAUUUUUAGAUCAUAUUAUUUCCAUUAAAAACCCGUUCUUACUUAAAAUUCAAUGUUAGUAUUUUUGUACAUGAAGAAAAAAGUAGGAUAAAAUAGAAUUCGUAGUUGCUCAAUUUUCGUGGUAUUCGUGGGUUGCCCUCUCCCACGAAUUUAUACCUUCAAUGAAAACAGUUUUAGAAAGAGUUAUCUUAAAAUUGGCCCCAUGAAUUUAAAUGAUUCAACAGUAAUGUAGUAGAAAUGUAGUAGAAAUAAGAAGUAGAAACAUGUUCAAAAACAUAUAUGAACGAUUUUUUACAUACUGUGGUAUCAUUUAAUUAAUUUCGUGGGGCCAAUUUUCGUUGAUUCUGUGUUUUUUCCUUAUUCGUGGGGAUGUAUAAAAUUUCAUGGAUGCGUCAGUUUUUAGUUUCAGAAGGUAAACUAAAUCUUUUAUAACUAGUUUUCGUUGGGGAUGUGAAUUCGUGGGCGAGGGCUUCACAUGAAUACCACGAAAAUUGAGUCACCACGAAAUCCAAUGUAAUAUUUAUAUACAUGCCAUAGAGUGUAGAGCGGAUACGAUGCCCCUGUGGUUUGAUCUGGAAGUUGUAAAGUGGUUUAGCACAGCUGAGUAAACAGGUUUUUUUUUCAUUCAAGCUUAUUUAAGGUGCUCUCUACAACCAUUUAUUGAGAAAAAUGUCUAAGCUUGCAUAUUUAAGUUGUAACUAUGUCUCAAAGUAAGGAACCUAUUCUUAAAAUAGGCCUCAAAAACCACAAGAUAUAUUUGUCUGUGUCUACGGAGGUACAUUAUAGAUAUAUUUUCAUUGAAAUAUAAUGUAUACUUUUUAGCUCACCCGAGCUGAAAGCUCAAGUGAGCUAUUCUGAUCACAUUUUGUCUGUCGUCCGUCUGUCCAUAAACUUUUCACAUUUUCAACAUCUUCUCAAGAACUACUGGGCCAAUUUCAACCAAACUUGGCACAAAUCAUCCUCAGGCAAAGGGGAUUCAAAGUUGUGAAAACUAAGGGCCAUGCCCGUUUUCAAGGGGAGAUAAUUAGAAAUUAAUUA